CACUGGCCAUACUGCUCAAGUAUAUGUCCAUACUGUGCAUUCAAUAAGUAUUUGGAUGGUCCACAUGUCAAUCACAAUGCAAUGAAGCAGGCUAUGUGCAAGGAGUUGACAAACAUCGUCUCAAAGUACUACCCAUUACGAACUCCCAAGUUGACCUCAAUAUACUUUGGUGGCGGCACUCCAUCACUGGCACAUAUCGAUACAUUGCAGACAGUUGUACAGACUGCUGCAACUACAUUUGGCACUCCACUUGACUCGUUGGAGAUCACACUGGAAGUCAAUCCCGAUCGCAUGGACAUUGAACGUUUGGUCGAGUUCAAGAGACAUGCACACAUCAAUCGAGUGUCUCUUGGAGUGCAGGCACUCAAUGAUGCUGACCUGGCAUACCUUGGACGCACUCAUACAGCCAAAGAUGCACGAGCUGCUAUCAUGGCAUGCAAUGAACACUUUGAUCGUGUCAACUUUGACAUGAUAUAUGCGAGGAGGAGUAGCCAAUCUCCAAGCGAAUGGAGGGCAGAGAUCAAGGAUGCCAUCAGUCUAUGUCUGCGUGGACACAUGUCCCUUUAUAGUCUAUGCUUUGAAGAGGGCACCAACUUCUUCAGGAGAAUGGAGUCGAAAAAGACCAAAGAUAGAAUUAUCCCAGCCGACCAUGACCUAGGCUAUGAGUUGUACGCCAUUGCCAAGGAAGAGACUGAGAAGGCAGGACUAUUUCAGUAUGAAGUCAGUAACUUUGCCACGCCCUCCCAACAAAGCAUACACAAUCUGAACUACUGGAGAGGCGGAGAUUAUAUUGGAAUUGGACCUGGCGCAUGCUCAAGAGUGACCAAUCAAUCAAAUCAGAAGAGGACUUCGCUAAAGUGCCUCCUUCACCCAAGAAGUUGGCAAGCACAGGUCGAUCAAGUAGGCAACGGACUAGAUCCAAAAGAAACAAAAGAGCUGACAAGCGAGGAGUGUAUCAACGAGCAUCUGCUGAUGGCUCUGAGGACUGCCGAGGGUCUCAAUCGUCAGCGAUUCCAAUCAAUAUCAGGUGGACGAUCAUUGGAGCAAGUGCUGCCCAUGUCCAAACUCAACCAUGCGAUUAACAAUGGCCUGUUGAUACUUGACGAGCAACGACUGUACCCCACGCCCAAGGGUAUGAUGUUGCUGGACAAGGUCAUUCUGGAU